UUUACGGUCGGCGCUGUUCGUUGCAGUUCGGACUUCGGAUGGUUGUUGGUCUGUUAAAGUUCAAAUUCGUAUUGAAGCGAGGGGAGCGACAACACGUGGUUUGGAUCGCAAGGAUGCCGCGUUCCGUGAAGGAUUCGGACGACGACGAGCCGAAGGCAGCUACUGGUCGUAGGCAGACUCGAAUGCUUGUACAGUCUGCUAUGAAUUCUCCGUUACGUCGCAGCAGCAGAAUAAAGCAGAAUAAAAAUUCGCCAGGUUCUGAAAGUGAUAGUAGUAUCAGCAGUAAUCAAACGAACCGAAGUACUAGAACACAAACAGCAACUAUGGAUACCACCGUCUUGGACACAAUGAAAAAAUCACGUACUAGAAAAUAUUCCAUUUCUUCAGAAAUCAGUGAGAUAGAUGUUGAAGUCCCGCCAACACCUGGGAAACGAGUUACAAGGCAAAGCUUGGGUGCUGGAAGUCUUUUGGUUGGUGCUGAUACACCGACCAAAAUUAACACUCGAGCCGCUAGUAAGCGCCUUGUACGUGCUACCUCUGAGACACAGUCGCCUGCUAAAACCACACGUAAAACAAGAGCCAGCUCUAUUGAACCGGAAUCUUUGUCCGAUCGAAGUAAGAGACAAUCUGAUUCUCCAAAUAAAACACGCAGACGAGCAUCAAUGUUGCCGUCGAGUUCUCUGAUCAAACGGCAAAUUGAAUUGGAGGAUCGUAUACCUUAUGUACGGUUAAACACUACAAUAAUUGAAGCUGAUGAAAUCACGAGUUCAGGAAAUUCAGAUUCUUCGCCAGAUAAAGCAUUACAGAUUUCACAAAAAAUGAAUAUAAAUCGUCAAUCUAUAGAUAAGAAUGAAGUUGAAGACGAUUAUAACCAUGAAAAAGUGGAUGCUUCAAUUGAUUCGUCAAAAUCAGAAACACUUCAACAGUCAGAGAAAAAAGCUGAAUCACAAGCUGAAGACAUGGGCAAAGUAACAGACAAAAUUAUAGAAAAUACUCUUGAUAAGGGACAACACAGAUUUGAAAAAACUCCAUCAUCUAAUAAUAAUACAGUUGAAGAAUGCUCUUCCAACUCGUCCAGUUUUUUAAAUCGUCGAGAUUCCGCAGAAAACAAAAUUGUCAAAGAGAGUCUGUCAGAUAUAGAAAAAUCAUUAGUCUACUUAUGUGAAUCGACUAAAGAGUCGGAUGCUGGUAUGCCCGAAAACUUAUCGAAUACUUCUAUCGAGGAGCAAGGAAAGAGUAACAAGGAAAAUCAAAUAUUGAACAUUAUUAAUGAUGAGUCAGUAGAAAAGUGCAUGCAAUCCAAGAUAGCAUUAUCUUCUAUCAAAUCUCUCACUUCUCCUUUUGUUAAAAAAUUAAGUGAGAAGGAAAGUAAAUCUACGAAAAAAGAAAACCUGAAUAAGUGUCAUCGCUCAAAAGAAUCAACAGAAAUUGCAAUUAAACACAGCGAUCUGUCAGAAGAAACUGCCGAUAACUCCUGCGAAAAAAUGGAUAUUUCUAUAGAAUCUUCGAAUUCAAGUGCUACAGAUAAAACAGUUUUGCUAGACGACAGUAUAGAAUUAGUUGACAAAAUUAUUAAUACGAAUGAAACAUCUAUUGAAAAUACAAUUAGUUUCAAUGAGAAUGCAACGAAGGUAAUCAAUAAACCAGAUAAAAUCAUUAAAAAAGAAUGUACUGUUAUAGAUAACGAAAAUUCUAACAAAACUGAAUCUAAUGAAGCAGAGAAAAUAUCACCUUCAUCCGCGAGUCCGGCUAAGUCAACACGAAUAAGUGAUAGUAGAGAAAGCUUCUCUUUUAUUUUAAGUACAGACGAUAACGAAAUAAGAUUAACGUUAGAGGAACAAAGUCCACAUCGAGAUGAAAAUGAAGUUUCAAGUGCGGCACACUCUAAGUCUGAUCUUUUACAAAUUUCAUCAUCAGUUAAUGAAACUACUAAUGACUUGGCUACCGUAAUGGAUAAACAAUCAGGUUUAACUCAAAAUAAAGUAAUCGACACUUUUAAUUCGGAACACGAUCAGGAACGAGAAAGUUUAUCUACAUAUGUAACAGAACCAGCGCCCGAAUCUUCCAAUACUAUCCUGGAGAUAAAUAAAUCCGCACGUGAUAACUCGAAUGUUGCAGUAAUUCAAGAUAAUCAAUCUUCUGACGUAAUAAAAGAGUCUGAGAAAUCUACAAUGGAUAUAUCACCCGUGAAAACAGAUGCAAAAGAUGUUUUGUCGGAAAAGAUUAUGAAACAAAAUUUAAAACGGAAGAGUACAGAUGCAUCAGAUAUUUUGGAGGAAGAAAAGGAAAGUUCGCAAAUGGAAACAAGUAAAAAAAAUCAAGAAAAUAUGGAAAUCACUAAUGAUAUUGCUGGCAUUGAUUUAUUCCAAGAUAUCCCCGCUGACAAAUGGAAAGAGAACAACGAUGUUAAAACUGACUCGGUGCAAUCCAUCUCCCAGUCAGUAGCAGAAGUGGAAAAUGAAUGUGAUCUCAUUUUAGUGGACAAACAAGCAUGGUUGGCGGCUAAAACUAUAGAGGCGGCAAAAGAUGCAGAAUCUUUCGAAUAUGAUUCCGAUGACACCGUGUUAUUAAUGAGUCGACGCGAAAGAUUAGACGCGUUACAAGCAAAUUAUGAUACUGAAAAAUUGGCCACUGUAGAUGAAGAGCUUUCGACAAAUAUUGACAGCGAAGAAAAGGAAAGUCGACUUAAAAAACGAAAAUCAAAAACUAAAAGGAGGCUUUCUAAAAUAGAUCAGGAUUCUUCUAGAUGUACAGAAGACGAAGACAAUUUCGUUGAUAAAUCCUUAAAUAAAUCCAAAACAGAUCGAAAGCUAACUAGUAACCGAUCCAGCUUGAAUAAAUCGUGUAACAAAGAUGCAGAUAAUAAGACAGAAGACGAAGAUAAA